AUUUUUGAAAGAGUAAACUAAAGUCAACUAAAACAAGAUGGCGGCCGCCAGUGCAUCAACAAAAUCGAAGCUGUUGUCUCUAGUUGAAGAGGCAGAAUGCCUCACUAAAGACCUGUUUGAGUCUACUGCAGCUGUGAGGCAGAGAAUGCCAGCUCUUGAGGAUCCUCAGAUUAUGGACAUGCUGAUGAAGAAGAAUGAGGAGAUUGAAGCAACACUCAAGAAGACUGAGGAGCAGAGGGAGCAGCGGCGGGAGAUGGAAUGUCUGCAGGAGGAGGUGGACAAGAGAGACGAGGACAUCAAACAGCUGCAGAGGCAACUCAAGGAAGCUGAGCAUAUUCUGGCAACAGCAAUCUACCAGGCUAAGGAGAAACUCAAAGCCAUAGACAAAGCGAAUAAGGGAGCCAUAUCUGCCGAGGAGCUCAUUAAGUAUGCGCAUCGGAUCAGCGCCACAAAUGCAGUCUCAGCCCCUCUGUCCUGGGCACAAGGUGACGCACGUAGGCCAUACCCGACAGACCUGGAGAUGCGCAUGGGCAUUCUGGGUAGACUGAGCAAUCUUCCUGUUGCCCAGGCAACCAAUGGGGUUACUGAGGGAGCAUCAGCGGCAUCUGGAGGAGAUGGUGCCCCUUCGGGUACCAGCGGCCUGACCUGGCAGCCCUCCAGCGAACUCACGGCCAGCCUGAGCAUGCCGUCCGGCAUCAGCCACCACAGCACCGAGCUGAACCUUGACCUCGGUGCCCCAGGUCAGAACAAAGAGAACGAAGAUGACGUGGAGGUCAUGUCCACCGAUUCCUCCAGCAGCAGUUCGAGUGAAAGUUUAUGAAAGCGUUGUGGCGGCCUUAGAUAUGAACUUUGAACUUUGACACCAAGGUAAAAAAAAAUGACCCAGAAUUUCCCAGUCCUGCAAAAAAAAACGAGGAUGAUGUGGAGGUUAUGUCCACCGAUUCCUCCAGCAGCAGUUCCAGUGAAAGCUUAAGCUGAUAUGAAAGCGUCAAGGCGACUACUGGAUAUGAACUUGAACUUUGACACUGAGGUCAAACUGGACCAAGAUUAGCCGUAAGCCAAUUUUCAUGUUAAAAAAUCCCAAAGAGUUUGAGGUAUUUUCAUAAUUGGACUGGGUUUUCAUCCAUCAUGAAAAAAACAAAACUUGGGCCUUAGAAUGACCCAUUGACCUUAUUCACAUGAUCAACUCAAAAUUCAGGGACUAUGGUUGAAGGGUAAAUCUUGUAUCACUUUUAAUAUUUGUAUAUAAUUUGUAAAAAGGCUGUUUCAUUUUAUCUCUUGCCUGUUAAUUUGGGCCGUCAGUUAGAACAGAUAGUAAAUAUUAAAAACACUGAUGUGUGUAGAUGUCACAGAUUUUGUGUCAACACUU